CGCCGCUCCGAGCCAUGGCCGCGGGCAGCGCCGCGCUCCUGCUGAGCCUCCUGGGGGCAUUGGGGCUGAGCGACCCCGGCCCGCUGGAGGACGUGGUGAUAGAGCGCUACUACAUCCCCAAGGUCUGCCUGCGGGAGGCCCAGAUGGGGGACUUCAUCCGCUACCACUACAAUGGGACCUUUAAAGAUGGCAAAAAGUUUGACUCCAGCUAUGAUCGAGGGGCCACAGUGGCCGGUGUGGUGGGCGUGGGGCGGCUGAUCACCGGCAUGGACCGCGGGCUGCAGGGCAUGUGCGUCAACGAGCGGCGGCACCUCAUUGUGCCACCCCACCUGGGCUAUGGCAGCAUCGGCGUGGCGGGGCUGAUCCCCCCUGACGCCACGUUGUACUUCGACGUGGUGAUGCUGGACAUCUGGAACAAGGAUGACAAACUGCAGAUCACCACCCUGGCCAAACCUGAGCGCUGCAACCGCACGGUGGAGAACUCAGACUUUGUGCGGUAUCACUACAACGGCACUCUGCUGGAUGGAACCCCCUUCGACUCCAGCUACAGCAAAGACAGCACCUACGAUACGUAUGUGGGCACUGGCUGGCUGAUCAAGGGCAUGGACCAGGGCCUGCUGGGCAUGUGUGCCGGGGAGAAGAGGAGCAUCAUCAUCCCACCAUUCCUGGCCUACGGGGAGAAGGGCUACGGGACCGUGAUCCCACCACAGGCCUCGCUGGUAUUCAGCGUGCUGCUGGUGGACUUCCACAACCCCAAGGACGGCGUGUCCCUGGAGCACCUGGAGGUGCCGGCGUCCUGCAGGCGCAGGGCUGUGACCGGAGACUUCGUGCGCUACCACUACAAUGGCACGCUGAUGGACGGGACGCUCUUUGACUCCAGCUACUCCCGCAACCAAACCUACAACACCUACAUUGGGAAGGGCUACAUCAUCCCCGGCAUGGACCAGGGCCUGCAGGGCGUCUGCAUCGGCGAGCGCAGGCGGGUGGUGGUCCCCCCACACCUGGCCUAUGGCGAGAACGGAGUGGGGAACAAAAUUCCCGGCUCCGCUGUGCUCAUCUUUGAUGUCCACAUCAUCGACUUCCACAACCCGGCCGACCCGGUGGAGAUUGAGGCCGUGCACCGACCCGAGGGCUGCAACGUCACCGCCCGCAACAGGGACUUCAUCCGCUACCACUACAACUGCUCCCUGCUGGACGGCACGCGGCUCUUCUCCUCCCACGACUACGAGAAGCCCCAGGAGGUGACGCUGGGGGCCAACAAGGUGAUUGAGGGUCUCAACAGCGGCCUCCUGGGCAUGUGUGUGGGGGAGAGGCGGGUGCUCAUCGUCCCCCCACACCUGGGUCAUGGCGAGAAUGGAGCCCGGGGAGUGCCUGGCAGCGCAGUGCUCCGCUUCGAGGUGGAGCUGAUCUCCCUGGAGGAGGGGGUUCCCGAAGGAUACCUCUUCAUUUGGCACGGGGACCCUCCUGAGAACCUCUUUGAGCAGAUGGACCUCAACAAGGAUGGGCAGAUCCCCGCUGAGGAGUUCUCCACCUUCAUCAAGACCCAGGUGGCGGAGGGGAAGGGACGCCUCAUGCCCGGCUCCGACCCCGAGAAAGUCAUCGCCGACAUGUUUGGGAACCAGGACCGCAACCAGGACGGGCGCAUCACGGCCGAGGAGCUGAAGCUGAAGUCGGAUGAGGACCGAGAGAAGGUCCACGAGGAGCUGUGAGACGCAGCACCGCCGUGCCCACGCCUGGCGCUGCCCCUCGCCGGCCCGGGAGCCGUUUUCUGAUGAUUUUUUCCCCCCUUUUAUUUAACUGCGGUUUUUUUCUGUCGUUCCUUACGGGCGCAGCUCCGCAGUCCGCAGUCAAUGCGCGCAGGCAGGAAGGUGGGAAGCGGCUCCGGGUGCCCGCAGUGGGUCGGGCCGGUGCAUUCCCCCCCCCUCCGUACUGCACCCAUCGAUCCCAGCAAAUCCAGCAGGGCCCGCUCCCCUCCC